AUGUGGGAGCGUGUCCGGAAAGCCCUGCUGGCCUCUCUUUCCGUGAGCUCCAUGCGCAUCUGGAAGCGGGUGCGAGCUUUCUGGAGCAAAAACGGCCUCCUGACCCUGUCAAUGCUGUCGGUCGGCACCGGCUGCCUCCUGGGCUUCCUGCUGCGGGCGCUGGAGCUGACGGAGCUGGAGAAGCAGUACUUUUCCUUUCCUGGAGAGCUCCUCAUGAGGAUGUUGAAGAUGCUGAUCCUACCCUUGAUCACCUCCAGCCUCAUGUCUGGGCUGGCCACCAUGGACUCAAGGGCCUGCGGGAAGAUGGGGGUGAUCACCAUCACCUACUACCUUUGGACAACCUUCAUGGCAGUGACCAUCGGGAUCAUCCUCGUGGUCAGCAUCCACCCUGGCGCAGCUGCCCAGAAGGAGGACUAUUCUGUGGGGAAAGUGGUGCUCAGCUCCGCCGACGCGUUGCUGGAUCUGAUCAGAAACAUGUUUCCUUCCAACCUGAUCGAAGCUUCGUUCCAGCAGUAUCGAACUGUCCUUGUGCCAGUGGUGAAGUCCCCAGGAUUUCCAAAGAUCCCAGGGAAAUCCCUCAGUUUUAUUUACUUUGCACCUGAUGAUGAAAACCCUGAAAUUCAUCGCCCUGUGUUUCUCGAGCUGACGCCAUCUCCUGAGAUGACCUACAGGACCCUGCCGGGGACCAGCAAUGAAAUGAACGUCCUGGGGAUCGUUAUCUUCUCAGCAACAAUAGGACUUCUCUUGGGGAAAAUGGGUGAGCGAGGAGCCCCGCUAGUUAACGUGUGCCAGUGUCUGAAUGAAGCCGUUAUGAAAAUUGUCUCGAUGGCAGUCUGGUACUUCCCCUUUGGCAUUGUAUUUCUCAUUGCUGGAAAGAUUCUGGAGAUGGAAGAUCCCUCGGUUAUAGGCCAGAAGCUGGGACUAUAUGCCAUUACAGUAGUGUCAGGGCUGGCCAUCCACGGACUUGUUCUCUUACCUCUGCUUUUCAUGCUCAUCACCAAGAAAAACCCCUUUGCUUUCAUCAAGGGAAUAUUGCAAGCCUUGCUGAUUGCCUUAGCUACAUCCUCCAGCUCAGCAACUUUGCCCAUCACCCUCAAGUGUCUUCUGGAAAACAACGGCAUAGACAGGCGCGUGGCACGCUUCGUCCUGCCGGUCGGGGCCACCAUCAACAUGGACGGCACGGCGCUGUACGAAGCAGUCGCUGCUAUCUUUAUCGCUCAGGUCAACGAGUACGACUUGGACUUGGGACAAAUCAUAACAAUAAGCAUAACAGCCACAGCAGCGAGCAUAGGGGCGGCCGGGAUCCCCCAGUCGGGGCUCGUCACGAUGGUCAUCGUGCUGACGUCCGUGGGGCUGCCGACUGCCGACAUCACGCUCAUCGUGGCCGUGGACUGGGCGCUGGACCGAUUCCGAACUAUGACCAACGUCCUCGGAGAUGCUCUGGCUGCUGGCAUCAUACAACACAUCUGCGAGAAAGACUUUGCCCCAAAGCCCCCUAAGCAAGAUCCAGUGAGCAACACAGACAAGUUUCCUUCUGCAGAGACCUCACUUCUGCAUCCCAAAGACAACGUGAUCGAACUGAUUGAAGAAAAUUUCUUUGAUCAGAUGGGAGUUCACUACAACAUCUGUCAAGUGUAG